AUGCCACCCUCUACUGUCCCGGAACUUGCUCUCAAUUCCGAUGAUUCUCUGGGCGAAUAUACAGUAGUCCUUCUUCCCAACAAGUCCAGCUAUUUUCUCUUUGAGAAGACCUGGUUUCCACUGUGGCCGGAUUCGACGCCGUUUAACCUCACAGAAGAUCGGAAUAUUCCCGAAGGCACACUUGCCUGCCCCAGGGCGGAGAACGGUACGCGGGUCUACUACGUCAAGCACCCCGACGGCCGUUGGCAUUCAGCUCAAGAUGAUGCCCUCAGCGCACUAGACAAGACUCCAGCCCACCCGAGCUGUCAGGUUGUUCCGUACAAACCGUACCGCCCAAAGGGUUGCUCCCCGGGCCCUCCUCCCGCCAACGCAACGGACGUCGAUCUCAACGUCCUCAUCUCCUCAGCCAUGAAAGGCGAAGUUGAGCACCCUACUGAGCCGGCGUUUCCUGUACUCGAUGGCAACCAGGACCACGAGAAGUUCUCUGUCCGCUUCGGGAUAGAGGGCUUCGACGAGAGGGACGAACGGAAGCAGCACAAAACUCGCCGCAACAGGCAGCCCCUCACCCGUGCCGAGCUUGCGAUGCUCGUCUCCGGGCUCUUCGUCGCGCGUGCCGCCAAGCUCAACCACAAGCUCCGCAUCGGGGGUCGUGAGAUCGACCUCGACACGCACAACAUCCUGCUCGUUCGCGUGGGAUGGGUGACUACGGGAACCAUCCAGCCCAUCCUGCACUUCGUUCGCUAG